AUGCAAUCUGUCUCGUACUUGGGAGCAUUUGAUUGGACAGACCGGGAUUUCCGGAUUCUUGGGCUUGUCAUCCGAGAUUGUUCUGAAACUGAGGAGGAAGAAGACUAUCAUUUUUACAUGGCGGAUAAUUCUCAAGUCUCAAUCUAUAUAGCCCAUAAGGACCACCAACGACAGGGCCUACCAACACAGUAUCAGCUCAUCACCUUCCGUCCCUGGAGAGCAGGCAAGAACGAGGGCAAUGUGGAGUAUGUUGCUCGUUCGAUUAAUCAGUGCCUGCAGGACGCGAAGAGGUGA